AUGUACAUGCAGGUGGAGGUACACACGGGCUCCCAGCUCCACCUGAAGAGGACUCCCGGCAUCAGGUCCUGGUCGCUUCUGGUUGGAAUCCUGUCCAUCGGCCUGGCUGCCGCCUACUACAGUGGAGAUAGUCUGGGCUGGAAGCUUUUCUACGUGCUGGGCUGUCUGUUUGUGGCGGUGCAGAACCUGGAGGACUGGGAGGAAUCCAUCUUUGACAAGAGCACCGGCAAGGUAGUUCUGAAGACGUUCAGCCUAUACAGGAAGCUGCUGAGUCUCUGCAGGGCAGGCCAUGAACAAGUGGUGGUCCUGUUGAGCGACAUCCGGGAUGUGAAUGUUGAGGAGGAGAAGGUCCGGUACUUUGGGAAGGGUUACGUGGUGGUACUUCGGUUUGCAACGGGCUUCUCACACCCCCUCACCCAGAGUGCUGUCAUGGGCCACCGAAGUGAUGUAGAAGCAGUCGCCAAGCUCAUCACCAGCUUCUUGCAGCUACACCACCUGGAGAGCCCCGGGGACCUGUCUCAGAGCAGCGACAGCGAAGUGGACGAGGGGGGCCACAGCUGA